AUGACAAAGAGUGUAUUUGUGACAGUUGGUACAACCAAGUUUGAUGAUUUAAUAGAUAAAAUUGAUUCACCAAAAUUAUUUAAUAUAUUAUUAAAGUAUGGGUUUAACAAAAUGAUUAUUCAAAUUGGUAAUUAUAGUGGAACAAUUGAAAAUUCAUUACCAUUUGAUGAAAAUAAUAAUAAUAAUAAUAAAACAAAUAGUAAAACAACAACAUCAACAACAACAACAGCAAAAUUUGAAUCUUUAUAUUUUGAUUAUAAACCAUCACUUUCUGAAUUUAUGAAAAAUUCAGAUUUAAUAAUUUCUCACGCAGGAUCAGGAUCAAUUUUAGAAUCUUUAGAAAAUAACAAACCAUGUAUAUGUGUUGUUAAUGAUAAAUUAAUGGAUAAUCAUCAAAAAGAAUUAGCAGAUAAAUUAUCAAAUCUUUCAUAUAUUUUAUCAACUAAUCCAACUUCAUUAUAUGAAACCAUUGAAACUAAAUUGGAUGAAUAUUUAAAGAAUAGAAUUUAUUUAGAUAAAUCUAUUCAUCAAAAAGCACAACAACAAUUUGCUACAUCAUUAUCAAAUCAAUUUAAAUUAAUAAAUAAUAAUGAAGAUGAUAAUACUAAAACAUCAUCAUCAUCAUCAACAACAACAACAACAACAACAACAAAUUCAAAAAAGAAAUUUAAAACAAUGGUAGUUUUAGGAUCAGGUGGUCAUACAACUGAAAUGUUUUAUUUAUUAAAAAAAGUUGAUAAAAAUAAAUUUAAUCCAAUCACUUAUGUAUUAGCUGAUAGUGAUAAAAGAUCUGAAGAUAAAAUUAAAAUUGAAGAUACAUCAUCACCAAUCAUAAAGAAAAUACCAAGAAGUAGAAAUGUUGGUCAAUCAUUUUUUAAUAGUAUUUUUACAACUUUAAUUGCAUUAUUUUAUUCAAUGUUAUUAGUAUUUAAAGAAAAACCAGAUUGUCUUUUAUGUAAUGGACCAGGUACAUGUGUACCAUUAGCAGUUUGUGUUUUAUUAUUAAGAUGGUUACGUAUUGGAAAAGGUUCAAAGAUUAUUUAUAUUGAAAGUUUAGCAAGAGUAAAUGAUUUAUCAUUAUCUGGGAAAAUAUUACAACAUAUUUCUGAUUGGUUUGUUGUUCAAUGGCCUGAAUUACUUAGUAAAACUGAUUCAAGUAAUGUAUCUUGUAUAAAUUUAUUCUUUGAAACAUUUUAA